AUGGUUUUUGAAGGAAAAGGACGUAAGGGGGAGGUUGGAAUUUGGAAUGGUCUAAACGUCACGCUUCUUCUACUCUAUCUCUCUCUCUCUUCUCCCCUCACCCGAGCAGGAACAAGGGAGAGAGAGAGCCAAGUUAAAAUUGAAAAGUAAAAUAACAAAAAGAAGCUCAAAAUUCAAGGUGGGCCUGUUGAAAAUUUCCGCCGUGGGUGGGGUUUGAAGAAAGAGAGGAAAAAACCCACAAAAAUUUCAUAGUUUUUAAAUACUUUUACCAAAGAAUUUGAUCAAAAAAGUCAAAAAGCUUUCUCUAUUUAUCUCCACACCCCUUCUGGGUAGGGUUUUUGUUGCGCUGUUCCUUGGAUUCCGGCUUCCGGAUGUCCAUUAAUUUGUGAAACCCAAGUCUCAUCUCCGGAUUCUUCCUCUUCUUUUGUUCUGGGCUUGAUUUUUGUUGUAUUUAAUUUCUGGGUUUUGGAUACAUACAGUUCGUAGUUCCUUUAUUUGGUUGUUGUUGUUGUUUUUGGAGGCCUCCGACACGUUUUCUCCAGCUAUUUGCUUUGAGCUCUUCGAAAGUUGAAAGUUGUGCAGUUGUUGAUAGCAGCAGAAGUUUUUGACGUUUUUGGAUUGGGAAGUUGCUAAUAGUUCUAGGAUUUAGGAGUUUCAGAGUACUGGGUUUCAGCUAUUUUGUUUGAAAUUGAAGAGGCUGUUCUUAAUCAGUGGUUUCUAUUUUCCUUGUUGAACUGGUGGUGGUGGUGGUGAUGAUGAUGGUGAUUGAUGGGUAGUAGAACAGUGAAGAUUGGUGCAGACGAUAUAAAUAAAACGGUGAACGGGAUGCCUAGCUUCGUUUCUUCGAUGCCCACGUCCAAUAAUUCCAUGGGUGCAGAGGGAAGCUCUAUACCUUCAUCUCGAAUCCCAGACUUAAGAACACUUGAGCAAACUCUUGGAUUUCACAUAGAAGAUGUAGACCUUACUAGAAAUCCUCUGUAUAAUCAGAUAAAGUCAAAUAGUUCGACUCUGAACAACAACAUCCAGUUUGGUGGUUUAAUUAAGCCACUUACAUCCACUGAUGUAAAUCUGCCAACUGCUAUCAUGGGUUCCCAAACAUUGCCGUUACAGAAAGAAUCAAAUCCAAAUUUGGUUUCUACAUCUAGUGGUCCUCGUGAAAAUUGGGGAGAGUCUAACAUGCCAGAUACGAGCACAAGAACUGAUACCUCCACAGAUGACACAGAUGACAAAAGUCAAAGGCUUGACAAGGAUCAAGGAAACUCACUUGGGGCAUAUGAUUCUGGCAACAAAUCAAAAGAAAAAACAGCAGAUCAGAAGACCUUACGAAGGCUUGCCCAAAAUCGUGAAGCUGCUAGAAAAAGUCGUUUAAGGAAAAAAGCGUAUGUGCAGCAGCUAGAAAGUAGUAGGCUGAAGCUUACUCAGCUUGAGCAAGAACUCCAGAGAGCCCGUCAGCAGGGUAUAUUUAUUUCAAGUUCUGGAGACCAAGCUCAUUCGAUGAGUGGAAAUGGUGCACUAGCGUUUGAUGUAGAAUAUUCACGUUGGUUAGAGGAGCAUAACAGGCUGAUAAAUGAGCUUAGAGCUGCAGUUAAUUCACAUGCGGGUGACACUGAACUUCGAACUAUUGUUGAUAAUGUGACUGCACAGUUCGACGAUAUUUUCAGGUUGAAAGGCAUUGCAGCCAAAGCUGAUGUGUUCCACAUCUUGUCAGGAAUGUGGAAGACACCAGCAGAACGGUGUUUCCUGUGGAUUGGUGGCUUCCGUUCAUCCGAGAUCCUAAAGCUUCUUGUAAACCAAUUGGAGCCUUUGACUGAGCAGCAAUUAAUGGGCAUCUGCAACCUGCAACAGUUAUCACAACAGGCAGAAGAUGCUCUCUCGCAAGGAAUGGAUGCGUUGCAGCAAUCCUUGGCUGAAACGUUGGCCAGUGGCUCACCUGCAACUUCGGGAUCGUCCGGGAAUGUGGCAAAUUAUAUGGGUCAAAUGGCCAUGGCAAUGGGAAAGCUAGGAACUCUUGAAGGUUUCCUACGCCAGGCUGAUAAUCUUCGCCAACAAACUCUUCAACAAAUGCAUCGCAUAUUGACAACCCGUCAAUCAGCCCGCGCACUUCUUGCGAUAAACGACUACUUCUCCCGCCUUCGUGCCCUCAGCUCUCUGUGGCUCGCACGGCCAAGAGAGUGAGGGGGCAUGGAUGCUCUCUCUCAAUUUAAUCCAAAGACUCCAAUCAAAUUUACGACUGCCGCCUCGAGCAUUGGCGCUCCAAUUUCUUCAUUGGAUGAACCUGCUUCUGUCAUAGGAAUUGUACAAUGGAUCAAGAUGGGUAAUGGUGUUUAGGUGAAGUUUGUGAUUGAUAUAUAUAAAUAUAGUUUUCACAUCUGCAGUUGUUGGUGUCAGUUGGUUAUGUUGUAUGCUUAUUACAAUAAUCUUUUUACGUAGUUGGGCGAUGUUGCAUAGAACUGAAUGGGAAAAAUAGGUUGUAUCUGUAACUUAGAUUUGUAUUACAUCAGCUUAUUACACCAGAAAAUCAUAUUUAUAUGAAAUUUUAGUGCCCUUUUUGUACC